ACUCCCUCCCCUCACCCCCACCCAUUUUUAUUCCCGUGGAGCAGGUGAAAAAACCGUGUGAUGAAACAUAAUCCUUCCCACGCUCACACCCUACCCUAUUACCCUCUCACCUACGACGCCGCCCCCGUUCCCCACGGACGCCAUGGCGGCCGCAGCCUUCCGAUCCUCCUCUGAACGCAUCGUCGCCUGCGACACCGCCUAACCACGGUCUCCACUGGUGCCGCGAUGGUCGCGGCCUCCACUCACGACGGGAUCCGGCCUCCACUACUGUGCAUGGGUGCGACGGGAUAUCGGGAUCCACCACUCCUCGGCCGCCGCUCGACCUCCACGACCGCGCCUCGCCAAUGCUUGGUUCCCCGCAUCCCGCCCUUCAUCGAUAUGGACUCGUGCUAUUCGACCCCAUGGUGCCAUGCUGGACGCGUGCUCCGCGGUCCUCCCUCCCCUCCCUCCAUGGUCUCGUAUAGUCAAAGGACGAUGGCGAGCCCUGGCACGGACGCGUGGGCUGCUGUUUUGGCUGAUGUCCUACAGUGCAGGCUGCAGGCAUGAACUAUUAUGUAUAUAAAUGAUGAAUGGGUGCUGCCUUGAACCAUCAGCAGAUUAGCGUUGCUUGCGUUGAUCAAACGUUUGCCCUGGACAUCCUGCUUAACGUCGACGGCUGCAAGACUAGCAGGCUUGAGAUAAUCACGCUCCCGCUCGCUCGGCCUCCUACCCCGCACGGGACGAGAUCGGUACACUGAUGGUAACAGCUUCGACGAGGUCACCUCUCCUUCGCAGCUUCUCCUCUGACCUUGUCGCUCCUCUAUCUCAGUAGACCACUUGCAGGUUGCCGAGGCCUUCCGCGCAUUUGACGGAGGCAACGGAGGAUGCAUCUCAACUGCCCAGCUUGUGCGCUCCAUGCUGCCAUUACAAGUGGCUGGAGGAA